AAGCUGCUUUCCCUCUGGACUGUCUGUAGUUGAACCUCACGGAGGGAAUAUUUCAUCUAUUGUGGCCGCAGUGACUUCAGUCAGCCUUGGAGAGAGUUUAUUAUUAACGUGAGACUAACUGCUGCUGUGGGAAUAUUCACCGCUUUUUGAACGAAUCGUCUUGUACGAGGAGGAGACUGAUCACCAGGGUGGAUUGCUGGGAGUCACAAGGAAAACUGCCGUUUUUCACUGAAGUUGCAAAUAACGGGUCUUCACCUUGAAUGCAGGGGAGCCACGUUUGAAUCCCGGUCAUGGCAAGAGGGGAACCUGGUGUGAAAUCAAGCCAAGUUCCACUUAUUUGCUUUGCGCGACAUCCAUGUGAUUCCAAGACCAGCCUGGCUGAUGGGAUGUGGGAGGAUGGACCAAAAAAAUAUGCUGGACUAACUGAGGCUUUCAAGGAGUAGAAGACAUAGAAGAUCUUUGGGAUCAAUGAAGAUGGAUGAUGAGGACAUUCACUGUCUCAAGGACAGAGGAAAAGUCAAAGCAGACACAGUAUGGCAAUGGCGAAUUUUGCAUGCAAAGAAAUAUUCAACACAUCCAGAUCCAUUCUUUUACAGUAAUAAAAUCGGGCUGAAUUUUAAUGUUGCUUCCAGCUCUCGCCCAAAACUGAAUUCACCAUUUGUGCCAAAUGGCGUCAUACUUGAGGUGUGUGAAUUUGCUCGAACGAUCAACAAGAGCAGUAUGCACUUCAUCCCAAACAUUCUGGAAAACAAUUUUGAUCUUGGAUUUGAAAAUGAGCAACAGCGGAUCGAUUUCACUGCUCAAAUUCAGCACAAGCUGGAAGAAUUGGUCCGAAAACCUGUCACAGAUAAAAAUGAAGUUUUUGCUCUUUUUGACACCUGGAAGACAGAAGGUAGCAAUAAUGGACUGAACAAGGCAACAAGGACACACAAACCUCAGAGUUUCUUCAUGGAAAUUGAGAUUAUAAGUGAACUUGAACAAUUAUUGAAAUGUUCCUCAGAAAAAGAGACAGAAGAGAUAUCAGGAUCACACACUGAUGGCGGUGAUCGGAAAGAUAACACUGAUUGUUCAGGAACAGAAAUGAAAGAAGUCGUCAAUGCGGACAUUCCUUUGUUGUUGUUCUCUUCUUGUGAAAACAUUGGUUUGAACCUUGGCACGGGGACUAAACAAAGUCUUGAUCCAGGCUUGUUAACAGAGAGAGUGAUGUUUGAGUUGUUGGAUUUUGCACGAGUCUUGACUGCCUCCUUCACCUCCAUUGUCGUAAAUGUGUUGGAGCAUAAUUUUGAGCUUGAUCUGAAAAGUCAAGAGAGAAGGAAUGAAGUGUGGUUGUUGAUAUCACAGAUGCUAAAAAGGGGGAAACAAAUGGCCGCCAGUAACACAAACUUCAUCCCAGAGUUUGAAAAUGAGCCAUUUUUCUUUGAGAGAAACCCAUUAAAGAGAGCCUACGUACCAGCACUGUCCACAGUGGAAACCCUUCUGUCAGAAGAGACAAAGAGACAAAAGCUGGAUUUCAGUGCUUCUCAGGAAAAGAUGCCUCCUUCAGUCACAAAAUUCAUCAUGAAGAAGGACCAAGAACAACUGAAUGAAAAUGUGAACAAGAAAAGUCUUUCUCACAACACUGAGUUGUGUUCAGGUACAGAAGAGGAAGAUGAGCAUUGCCACAUGUGCCCUGUGGAGGACGACGUAGAUUCAGAAAGUAUUGGCAUACAAAACUCAACUGGCUGUGACAUGUCCACAGAAUCAUUAAGUAGGUUGAGUAAACAGUCUCAUGCCACCACUGAUGGUUCAUGUAAUGCAUCCACAUUGAACACAGAUCUUACCCCACCAUCUGACUUCCAGCCAAAGAAAACUCUGGUGCAAGGCAACGGUGAGACACAGAUUCCAAGAAAUGUACCAAAUGACUGUGGCAUCGACCAAGAAAGAGAAAUAGAUUCCAGUUUGUGGAAACUGCGUGCCAGUCGCGUAAACCAAAUCCUCCUGACACUGGACAAAGACCAAUCGAGAUUGAUUUCUGUGAGGAAUCUCGGUGUCGAGUUUGAUGUUGGGUUUGGACCCAAACAGCAUCUUAGUCUUGAUGAUUUGACAAGUCCAGUUCUUUUUGAACUUGCACAAUUUGCAUUAGCCAUGAAUUCAUCCCAGCAGGAAUUCAUCCUGGAGAUUCUUGAGAACAACUUUGACUUGUGCCUGCAAAGUGAACGCCAUCAAAAAACCUUCAUGUGUGAAGUCAUGAAGCGAGUAAGAGAACUUCAAAAAUGUGAGGAUGCGGUGAAAUUCUCAAAAGAGGGUUUUGAACUUCCAGUUUCAGUGUCACCUGUUGACAGUGUUUAUCAGAGCAGUGUCAUUGCUGAACCCAGCCCCAUGUCCAACAUUGGAUAUUGUGAAGGUAGACCAGUGUGUGGUCCUAAUUCUCAUGCUGAAGCUGGAGUGGACUUACCUUCAGAACCUGAAUCUGUUUCAGAGGACGACAUGGAUCUUUACCCUUUCUGUAAGGACAUUGGUCUGAGGCUUCAAGCUGAAUGCAGGCGUUCAACUGGAAAAGUUGCCAUCAAUAAACUGACCAAAGGAGCAAUGACUGAAGUGGUGAAAUUUGCAGAAACAUUGUGUGGAGCCUUUGAAGAGAUCUGCAUGGAUGUGCUCAGACACAACUUUGACUUGGAAAGUAUGGAUUCUUACCUUGCAACAACGAUUUUUGCUCAGGUCGUUGUUGCAACUAAACUGAAGAAUCUAUCAGAUAACUUCUCUUGCAGAAUAAUGAAACAUUCCAUGGCAGAUCCUUCAAUUCUCAUGCAUGGAAGAAAGCCCAGUGACACAGAAGCACACAAUAAUCCCAACUUGUUAUUGUGGAUGCUGCGAGAAAAUCAUGUUAAACAUAUCCUUUCAGUGCUUCAUGGAGAUCAGUGUCCACUUUAUUCUUACUCCAGGUGUAAGAAAUUAGGCCUUGAUUUUAAUGUGGGGUCUGGAGUGAAACGCAGCCUUGAUCCAAAAUGCCUAACAAAUGGCAUCAUGGUUGAACUUGCCACUUUUGCCAAGACACUGCAGUUAUCUGAAAAUGAUUUCAUGACAGAGAUUUUGGAGUUUAAUUUUGAUCUAAAUUUCAACAACGAACUUCAUCGCAGUGCUUUUACAAAACAACUGAGCGCAGAUGUUUUUCAGCUCAUUUCAAGAAACAAGAAAUUCCCACUGAAGAACAAACAACAUUUUGAGCUCCCUGACUUGAGAUGUUUAGAAGAAUGCACUCCAGACUGUCCCAAAUGUUACCAAGACAGGAUUGAAACCUGUUUUCAGGAUGAAUCUGAAUCUGAUCACAUGCCUCAUGUUCGUCCUCAUAACAUCACUGAUGAAUCACGAGCUCAUAUCUGCACACAACCAAAGUUUGCAAAGAUCCCAGUCUCUAAUUUCUCAUCAGCAGAAAUUUUGACCAAGCCCUACCAUCACAGUAAGGAAGCUGGUUUAAGCCUGUGUGUGGACAGAGACCACCCAAAAGAGAAGUUAGACUUGCAUGUUCUGACGGAGGAAGUGAUGCUUGAUGUAUAUCAUUUUGCCCAAAAACUGUGUGGAGCAGAAACUGAGAUCAUUCAUGAUGUUCUUGAGCACAACUUCAACUUGACACAGAAUCACAUUAAAGAUCUGACUCGACAUUUCUGUGACAGAAUGAGAGCAAACAUUGAGCAGCUCGCCUGGUUCAAUGAAGUUGUUGAUCUUGAUAAAGCUAUUUCGAAAGUACCCCAAAAUAAUGGUGUUAGUUGCUCUGAAAAAGUAUCCAGUUGUGAGGGUGCUUCCCAUUUCAUGGCCACUAAUGAUUUACCCAGUUCACCUGUCAACACAGAUGUGAGUUCACCAUCGUCAGAUGUACCUGAAGAAGUCAUGAUGCAAGAAAGUGAAACAGAAGAAGAGACCCUCAAAACAGAGACCAACAUGUGGAAGUUUCGUUCCUACUAUGUGACAAAAAUCGUACAUGCUUUUUCGAAGGAACUUUCCCCAUACUGGCUCGUGGGACACUUCGAGUUUGAUGUUGGAUCUGGGCCGCCCAAAAACAAAAGCAGUGACAAAGUGACGUCCUCGGUUCUAUACAGAGUUGUUCAUUUUGCAUUAGCACUGAGUUCAUCCCAGCAGAAUGUCCUUGUGGAUAUUCUAGAAUACAACUUUAACUUAGGCCUGCAGAGUGAAUACCAGAAAAUAACAUUUGCACAUGAAGUCAUGAAAAGAGUCCAGGAAUUAUUAGCCCGUGACGACAGAGAUAACGUUUUGAAAGAGGUGUUUGUUUUGCCAGGUUCCCUGUCAUUUAGUAAUGUGAAGUGUGAGAGUGAUGACAGUGUUGAUUCUGAACCUGAAACUUCACAGACAGCUUCAGACCUUUAUCCAUUCUGCAAGAAGAUUGGUUUGAAGCUCAAUGUGAGUUUCUGUCACCCAGAUAAAAAGCUCGAACUCCACAAACUGACAAACGGAGCAGUGAUUGAGGUUGUGAAUUUUGCAGAAAAAUUGUGUGGAAGCUACGAGCAGAUUUGUGUCGAUGUCCUGCGGCACAACUUUGAUCUUGAUUCACAGAUAUCAGAUUCUGAUCUUGCUCAAAAUAUUCUUUCGCAGGUUCCUUUUGCCAUUGAGGAAACUAAUUUUCGAUAUUUUUGCAGAAAAACGAAGUUUGUGACCAGAAUCAAUUUAAAUGUCAUGGACUCUCAGACGAAUGCAUCUCCACAAACAUGCACUACGAGUUCAGUUAAAGCAGAGAUGAACCAGAGUGCAAGUCAGCCCGGUGACGUUGAAGCACAAAAUGAUCCAUAUUUGCUGUUGUGGAAACUCCGAGCCAAUCGAGUUCAGCAAAUCCUCUCAGUGCCCCACAAAGACCAGUGUCCACUUUACUCUUACAGCAGAUGUAAGACAUUCGGCAUUGAUUUUGAUGUAGGAUCUGGUUUGAAACGUCGUCUUGAUCCAAAACUAUUGACCAAUGGCAUCAUAUGUGAACUUUUCACUUUUGCCACCGAACUCGGGUCAUCUAUGAAACAUUUUAUGACAGAGAUUUUGGAGUACAAUUUCAAUCUGCACUUCAACAAUACACUUCACCGAAGUGCUUUUGCAAACUCACUGAUGGAGAAAGUCAAAAUCAUGAAUCGGAUACCGCCCACAUUGCGAUGGAUAUCACUCUUUGAUCUUCCAGAUGAGAGAUUGAUUCAGGAAGUGGCACCAUUUUACACCAAUUGUCCUGUCGAUCUUUCCCAUACCAUGAUGAAUGUUGUCUCUGCUGAUGCAAACCAUGAGAAAAUUGCUGCAAAUGCUCCAAUGUCCACCUUCCCCGCAACAGAGGUGAUAACAAAGCAAUACCAUUUCUCCAAGAAAGCUGGUCUGAGCUUGUGUGUGGAUAAGGCUCACCCGAAAGUUAAACUGGACAAAGGAGCACUAACAUGUCAAGUUAUGCAGGAUGUGUACAGCUUUUCCAAAAAACUUUGUGGAACAAAGCUUCAAACGGUUAAUGAUAUCCUUGAGCACAACUUAGACCUGGACAAAAAGAUUCAUGUGGACAACAUUGCAAGCCUUUUUUUCAGUCGACUAUACUUAUAUAAAGGAGAUCCUGCCUGGUUCCAUGAAGUUCUUGACAUUAAGCAAAGUCCAAAAGAAAAAGUGAAAUUGAGAGACCCACCUCCUGUUCUGAGUCGUGAAAGAUUUGAUUUAUUUCAAAAAAGGAAACAGGACAUGCAGAAAGUGACGGAUAUCUCCAGUGAAUCGCAGAACAAUAGUGUGGGUCAACAUCAUCUUGCCGAAUGUCAGUCAGGAGAAGACUACAUGUGCCCUCUGGAAGAGGACAUAGAUUCAGAAAAUGAUGUGGAUGAUAAUCAGUGUGUCAGUCAAGCCAGGUGGGACUUUUCCAGUGGAGCACAGAUGAAUGAUGUGGGUAAACAUCACCUCACCACCAGUGAUGCUGCAUUGACUUCGAAAGUGGACACACCUAUGAGCUCACAAAGUCAGCCAAAUGAAUGCCAGUUGGAAGGUGAUGAAGACAAACAUGUUCCAAUAAGUUGGCAAAAUGGUUGCAUCAUCAACCACAACAUGGACCCAGAGCUCAAAUUUGGAAAUUGUGGGCCAACCAUUUGAGACAACUCAUCCUAUUUAUAAAAUCGAUGUCCCAUCAGACCUUCAAUUGUUUAGGUGCCCCAUGUUUUCCAGGUGCUUCAACACAGCUGAAUCUGAGGAAGGUGCCAUGAGCAACUCAAUCAGAAAGUCUGAUCACAAGUCACUCCUUACAGUCAGCCAUAACGAAGCAGGGAGACACUGAAAACAUGCAGAGCUGUGGCCCUCCAGUAUCUGAGUUUGAGACAGUUCUUGCAGACUUUGAUGUUGGCUUUCAGCCUAAAAGAAACUUGAGUCCUGAUCAUUUGACUAAAUAUGCUCUUUUUUGCAUUGCUGUGUUUGCACUUGAGAUGAAUGCAUCCCAAGAAGAAUUCAUGAUGGAGAUUCUUAAAAAUAACUUUGACUUAUGCCUAAAGAGCAUAGACAGUGAGAAAUCCUUUGCAAGUGAAGUCAUAAAACAAGUAAGAGAGCUUGUUAACUGUGGGGAAGCAGCGAAAGAUUUAAGGGAGGUGUUCAAAUUUCCAGGCUUCGUGUCAUUCAGCAGCAGCAGUACUGAAUCUGAACCACACCCCACAUCAAGCACAGAAGAAAGUGAUGUUUCUCCGAUGGCUGCUCCAAGUCUGUCUGCUGAAAAUGACUGAGCACUGAAACUUCCCAGAACAAUGUGGAUCUUUGCCCGUUCUGCAACGACAUUGGUUUGAAGCUCACUGUAUGUGGCUGUCGACCAAACAAAACACUUGAAGUCAACAAAUUGACCAUAGAAGCAACGAUUGAAGCAACGAUUCAGAUCUGGCAAGAAAAAUUCUUGAACAGGUUCCUCUUGUGGUUGCACAAAUAAAUCUUGAGAACAAUUUCAAAAGAGUAACAUCCCAAAGAAAAUUUAACCCAAUUGACAUAAACUGCCAGGACAGACCAAGUUCAGAAUCAUGCAGUACUGGCCCCAUCAGAGCAAAUGUUGACCACAGUAUGAGCAUCCGCUGUGACAUUAAAGUGCGAUAUGACCCAGAUUUACUGCUGUGGAGACUACAAGCAAAUCGUAUUCAGCAGAUACUCUCUGUGCCUCAUGGAGAACAAUGCCCAUUUUACAGACUGGUCCUGUGAAUCUGGAGACAUUGAAGAGGAGAUGCAGGAUCCACACAGCUAUAUCCCAGAAAUGGACUUUGAAGACAGUUAUCCAUCUUGGCAUGAUGCCAGUGGAAUUCUGGACAGAGAUUUAGUCUCGGUUAAACCUGAAGAGUUCAGUGGGAAUAUGUACUUGACAGAAUGUCCAUCUGGAAAAGUUGAUGUCGGAGAAGAGCCACAAAUGGAAGGUGUCCAGGAUUCUGCCCUGUCUGCACCACAAGUGUCUGACAUACAACAGAAUGUCAUUUUACCAUUCAGACCAGUGCAUGAUGGAAACAGUAUCCAGUUCUAACACUGUGCAGUGUGAACCUCUGCAAUACUCUGUGGUGAUAAUCAAAGAUCAGGAGCAACAGAAUGUGCCAGAUCAAUGAUACUGUUUUGUGUCAAUGAGUCAAGUUGACAUCAGGUGUUCAUGUAAAAAGUUUACACAUCCAGCAGGUAUGAAAAUGUGUGAGCAGCAGAGUGAACUGCCUGGAAUUUCUUUAAUCUUUGUAAGAUUUUGUGUGAAAAACAUGUUGAAUACUCAGUUUCAGAGUUGUAGGAAUCUUUAGCUUGACAGGUAAAGGGUUGCAUUUUUGAGGCCUUAAACUCAUUUCUGUCAUGUUCACCCUUUUUUCUAACCAUGUCAUGCUUAUAUAUUUAAUUUCCAUUUUCAGUUUUUUCAGUUUGUGAAAUUUACUACGCUCACCGCAUUUUAACCGUUUAUUUUGUUUUUAUUAAAGUGAGUCUCUCUUCUUCGUGAUUGUGUAUAGCUUUAUUUUGAAUCUUGUGAUUAACGUCAAACUCCAAAAAGAUAGAUGACUGUCUUUGAAUUGUUUUACCAUUUCUUUUUGUUUUAUAAAGUUUUGAAUAGAUCUUUCCUGUCUUUAUAUAUUUUUUGGUGUGUCAGAGUGAAGAUUUCCUCCUCUUCCUGCAAACACCCUGAUCAGUUUCAGAGUUAUAAGCAUCUUAAGUUUCUGAAGGUUAAAAGAUGGGUGUUUUAGGCCUUCACGGCAGUCGGGAUCAUUUUGAAUGGAUGUGCCAGUUAUUCAAAUUAAACUCGUACCACUGUUCAGAGUUGAGCUUAUUUCUGUCUUGCUCUUGCUUUUAUUUGUUAUCGUGUAAUGUAUGUAAAUUCAGGUAUUUGUAUAAAGUUUCGCAAGAUC